AUGAUUCUCCAACCAUUAUAGUAAUAAGUCCAAACAAAUAGAGACAAUAAGAACUUUCAAGGGCUCAAUUCCUAUCAGUAAAAGCGCUACCUUGAUCAUCGAAAUACCUAGAAACAAAGAAGGUACAAGCCACCCAAAAAGUUCCCAACCCAAUUUCCCAUAAUUAAAAAAGAUGAUACCCAGUAUGAAUUCAGAUUGUUCCAUCAAGUUUAACAUAUGAAGAGUGCUCAUUUUCAAUCAAAAUACACUUUGUCUAUGGGAAGCAUUCCUAAUCUACUAUUGCACACAUAUUUUGAUUAGAUUGUGUUCUAUGAUGUGGCUAAGUUAAAAUCUGACACAACCAGAAUAUCAGUGGAAGCACUUGGCCUUGAUGUUCUUGAUAACAUUUGUGCCGUAGCUGGAAUGAGUGGAGACAUAUUGAUAAUUAAUUUGCUUAAUGGAAGUAUAGAAAAACACAUUGUCAAUCAGAAGAGAGAUUUCAUCAACCAUGUUCACUUCUAUCAGAACUAUCUGGUUUCCAAUGAUAAUGGAGGAUUCAUAAGAAUAUUUGAUUAUUAAAAUGGACUCAAAGAGAUCUUCUCAUUUCAAGAUAAAGCAUCAGUCAAUCUAACUAGUGUAAAUGACAACAAACAAAUUGCCUAUUGUGGUGAUAGACUAGGAUUAAAUGUAUUGGAUGUUCAAUCAGGUACUAUCAUACAUAGUUUGGAACCCCAUAGUGAAUUUGGUUUCGCUGUAGCCUACCAUCCCAGCAAGAAUUAUCAACUUGCUUCAUCUAGUGAGGAUGGAUCAGCUGUCAUCUACGAUUUGCGAUCACCCAAAGUCCCAAUAUAGUAGUUUAUUGGAGCAGAUAACCCCAUCUACAACAUUACCUACUCAAAAAAUGGAUCCCACUUGUUCUUAGCUGAAUCUAAUUCCUAUUUGCACAUCUUGAAUACGUAAACAAUUUUCUUAUCAUCUAGUUCUCUGUAUGAUUCCGUCUAAACUAUUGAAAUACAUGGGGAAAUCUCAGGAAUUACGAAUGAUACAUACGAUGAAAACCGAUUCUACUUUGGUACAAGUUGCACUUUUGGGGAUGGCAUAUGUGAAUUUUCGAAAUGAAUGGAAU